AUGAAUUCAACUACUCAUGUUCCUUGGCUUGCAGAUGAACCUCUAGACCGUUCAGAAAUGACUUCUCAUAUGAAGCACGUCACGCCUUUACUUAAAUCACCAGUAAAACAACCAGCUCCCUUAAUCCACGGAUCAGUAUCGAAAGAGGCUGCAAUUGCCACGCAUGCAAAUUUGCUACCUGGUCUACCUAAAGAAAAGUUGCAACAUUUAAGGGAACUUUAUGAAAGGUUAGACAUGGACAACGAUGGUACGAUUGAUAUUCGUGAUCUUACGUUAGCCUUACAGCACGAAAUGCCGCAUAUACCUAAUGGUGUUGCUCCGCAGCUUCUUGCCCGUAUGAGUAACGUUCGUGAAGAAGGAGUGGAGAAAGUGGGUUUUCCAGAAUUCGCUCAAUACGUUAUUGAGCAUGAGAAACAGUUGGAAAAGAUUUUCGAAGAACUUGAUAGGAACAAAGAUGGUUUGAUUGACGUAAAAGAGAUCAAGAGUUACUGUGACCAAGUUGGUGUGCCUAUUUCUGAUGCGAAAGCGCAAAACGUUGUUGAAAAGAUGGACCAGACGGGAUCUUCUGCGAUCGGACUGUCAGAAUUCCAGCAGUUUAUGCUUUUUUAUCCUAGCUCCGACCCAGCAGACAUUGCUCGAUAUUGGAAGCAUAAUCUGGCUACGGAUGUCGGGGAGAGUUCCUUGCCAGAAGACUUUUCACCAAUGGAAUUACAGACGGGUGUUUGGUGGCGACAUCUCGUUGCAGGGGGAAUAGCUGGCUGCAUGAGUCGAACCUGUACUGCUCCCCUUGAUCGAAUCAAAGUUUAUCUUCAGGUUCAUGCAACUUGGAGAAAUAAGCUCAACGUUUUUUCUGCUGUUAAGUUGUUGUUUGAAGAAGGUGGAGUGAAAUCAUUUUGGAGAGGGAAUGGUGUUAAUGUUGUCAAAAUAGCCCCUGAAUCAGCAAUAAAAUUCAUGGCAUAUGAACAGAUGAAGCGAGUGCUCUUGAGUUUAAAAGGGGAAGGUGAAUUAACUGUAUCCGAGCGUUUUGUGGCUGGCUCAUCUGCUGGUGCUAUUUCUCAAACUGUUAUUUAUCCCAUGGAGGUUUUAAAAACUCGAUUGGCUUUGAGGCGGAGUGGGCAACUCGAUAGGGGUUUGUUCCACUUUGCAAAAAAAAUGGUCAAAAACGAAGGGAUUAUGUGUUUUUACAAGGGUUAUAUUCCUAAUUUACUGGGCAUCAUUCCUUAUGCCGGUAUAGAUUUGGCAGUCUAUGAGACCUUGAAGUCCUUGUAUGUAAAAAGUUGUGCAGGUGAAGCGGAACCAGGCGCUCUGGCUUUUCUCUGUUGUGGAACGUGUAGUACUACAUGUGGUCAACUCGCUUCUUAUCCUCUUGCAUUGAUAAGGACGCGGCUACAAGCAAGGGCCAUCUCUGGUAAUUUGCAACAGCCGGACACUAUGAUUGGACAGCUACAAUAUAUUUUGAAAAAUGAAGGCUUUUCUGGACUUUAUAGAGGCAUAGCUCCCAAUUUUAUGAAAGUUAUUCCGGCAGUUGGCAUAAGUUACGUGGUAUACGAGACAGUGCGUAAAUAUCUUGGCGCUUCUAUGACUUAA